AUAGAAACGUGUUGACAAGUGCAAGUGAUAAGUAGUCAAGUGCCAGUAGUGAUUAGGUGUUUAUUUCACACAUUUCUCUUCCAAAGCUCUACUUUCUUCCAGUUUUUCUACGUACUCGAGUUUGGUGUAAAUCCUUUUGUUGUUUGGCGCUAUUAUUACUUACCAUCUUCGAGGUCUUAUCAUUUACUUAAUCUUCUCAUACACCGACAGUUCCUUUACGUACAUUCUGCACCAUGACCAUUAUGUGCUCAUUUACAAGGUAGAGGUAUAUUAAUCUUUAUCUCCGGCUUCCUAAGUCAGGGCCACUCUGAUGUGUUCCAUUGCAUUGAAAUCCAGCCUUCAAAAUAAUGAGAAGGUCUCACAAUGAAACGGAAUGUGAAAGCAUGCUGUAAGAAUGUGAUCCUUGCUGUGCUCACCGCUUCAACCACUGUCCUGGUAUUUCAUCUCGUCAGAGGGAUUCACCCAGAAAAAUAUCAGUUUGAUUCCGUGGAAAAUCAUGCAAUCCUACCGGUGCCUCCGAAGAACCAACGUCGAAGUGCACUAGAAACUGAUGACAAGAAAGAUUGGCACAAUUAUCGCCAGAUCGAAGAAGAGGCACGGCGCAAAGGUCCAGGGGAGCAAGGGGCUCCGGCGAAAUUGCCUCCAAAUCAUGAUGUUAAAAAAUACAAUGCUCUGUAUGAAGUCAACGGUUUCAACGCUCUAAUAAGUGACAGUAUCUCUCUAAACCGCUCAUUACCAGACAUCCGCCAUGAAGGUUGUAAGAAUGAAGUUUAUCGGAGGAAUUUACCUACAGUAAGUGUUGUCGUGCCAUUUCACAACGAACACUGGUCGACUCUGUUGAGGACAGUUUACAGUGUCCUCAAUCGAUCGCCUGCGUCCCUGAUCAAGGAAAUUAUAUUAGUAGACGACUUCAGCUCCAAAGAACAUUCAAAGAAACCUUUGGAUGAUUAUGUCAGGAAAAAUUUACCAGAAGUCAAGGUUAUCCAUCUUCAAACCCGCCAAGGACUCAUUCGAGCUCGACUAGCUGGAGCCAAAGCUGCCACUGCUGAAGUGCUAAUAUUUCUGGACUCUCAUUCAGAGGCAAAUGUCAAUUGGCUCCCACCACUACUGGACCCCAUUGCCGAGGACUACAAAACGUGCGUUUGUCCUUUUAUUGAUGUGAUAGAUUUUGAAAACUUCCAAUACCGUGCACAGGAUGAAGGGGCCAGAGGUGCAUUUGAUUGGGAAUUCUUCUAUAAAAGGCUUCCACUCUUGGAUGAGGACAAAAGGAAUCCCACAAAACCAUUUAAGAGUCCAGUCAUGGCAGGAGGUCUGUUCGCAAUAUCAACAAAAUUCUUCUGGGAGCUUGGAGGAUACGAUCCUGGUUUGGAUAUCUGGGGAGGAGAACAGUACGAGCUAUCGUUUAAAAUCUGGCAAUGUGGCGGGCGCAUGCUCGAUGCUCCCUGUUCCAGAGUGGGCCAUAUUUAUAGGAAAUUUGCGCCAUUCCCUAAUCCUGGGAUAGGGAACUUUGUUGGUCGUAAUUAUCGUCGAGUAGCAGAAGUGUGGAUGGACGAGUAUGCGGAGUACCUCUAUUUGCGGCGGCCGUCAUAUCGGGACAUUGAUCCUGGUGAUUUAAGUGCACAGAAGAAGAUCCGGGAAAAACUUAAGUGUAAAAGCUUCAAAUGGUUCAUGGAAAAUAUCGCCUUUGACUUAGCAAAACACUACCCACCAAUCGAACCUCCGGACUACGCAUCAGGAGAGGUGAAAAAUUACGUGGCUCCUGAAUAUUGUGUGGACACGGAACAUAAAAAUCAGGACAUGGAAUUUGGUCUGCAAGAAUGCACCUCAAACGAUGAUAAACAUGAACAGCAAUUUCAAUAUACAUGGCAUAAAGAUGUCAGAACCAAAGGUAGAACAAUGUGUUGGGAUGUCUCCUCUUCAGAAGAACGAGCACCUGUCAAACUGUACCCUUGCCACGGAAGCAAAGGCAACCAAUUUUGGCGUUACAAUCCUGAUAAAAUGAUACUCAUUCACGGGACGUCAGGUCGUUGUUUGGAUUGUGAUCUAGGGCGAAAAACUAUCUUUGUCACGCACUGCGAUUCCACAUCUGAGUCACAGAAGUGGAUCUUCAAAAAUUUCAAUCGAACAGCUCUCCUUCAGAUAAUAGAAGAAGUUGACUGAGGCAGGAGACUGAACUGGAUUAUCCCAUGAAUUUAAGCGCAUAUCAUUGCUGCGUCUAUUGAUUUUGAACAGAAAGCCAGCAUAUUUAGAGUGCAUAUCUUUGGACUCCUCUAGUGCUGUGAGAGUGUAUUCCUCAGCCGAAGAGGUUUCAGUGGCACGUCAGGUAACGCCAUCGUCCAAGCAUGAGGGUUGUUUUUUCCAAGUAGUCAUUCCUAAUUUUUUCUAACAACCAAGUUGGGAGUAAAACUCUCUAAUUUUUUUCAUUGUGAUAAUGAGACUUCUGAUAAUUCUGCGCUAUGUAACUCACAGUUCUCAGCAGUAUUUCUGAACUACGUUUGGAUUUUGUUGGAUUUCUGCUGCAGAUAUUUUUAGUCAUUCCUUUAGUAACUAAUUUCUUUUCAUUCACUAGAACUCUCUGAAUAUUUUUUCCCUUUUAUUAGAUAACGGGAGGAAAGUUUUUACAAUUCAAUCCACAUUUUUAUUUAAAUCAUUAGGAUUAAAUCUUUGUACACUUGUUGAUUUUCAUAUUAGGUACAAGGAAGUCAACAACAGAAUAUAACUUUUCUGACUUAUUUCAUACCUAAUACUAAUCGUGAUCCCCUAGAGUCAUACUAUGUAAAAUGUUUAUGGGUCCUUAGAUGACCAAUUUCCAUGAGAUUAUUUUAUGUCUUGACUGAAAAUGCACAAAACAGUAGUGAUAAUUAUUAUAUGAUAAUAUGUAAAAAAAAAGAUGAA